CAAAUUAUAACACCUAUGAUGUUAAUAAUAUGGAAGUAAUGGAAGAUAAUAACAAUAGUAAUAAUAGUUCUAUAAAUGCUUCUAUGAUGUUAGAUAGACCACAAAGGAUAAUGAAUAGGAGAUUCUCAAACUUUGAUAAUAUAACAAAUGUUAGCACUAGCAAUACAGGUUUAUUAAUAGAUGAGAAUGAUGAUGAAUUUUCUUAUUCAUCUGGUAUUAAACAACAAGAACACGAAGAACAUGUUAGUGAUGAUGAUAAUAAUAGUUUAAACAUGAGUGUAGAUAUUACUCUUCCACCUAAAAUAGUUAAUUGGGAAGAAUGUAUGAGAUAAAUUAUAUUUCUCCUCGAAUAAUUACUCAAAUUCAGAUUGGUACUAUAAUUCCCUAUUAGGUUAGGUUAUUAUGCUUUAAAUAGGUGAAAUUCAAUUUACGAUAGGUAAAGUGGUUCAAGGAAUCAAUUAAAGCAACACAAAAUUUUAAAAAUUUCUGACCAAGUUUUGAAGCAUCGGCAAAACAGUUCAAAUCAUUUACCAAAUCUAGAAAUAAGUAAAAUUCGAAAAG